AUGCCUUCACUAUCCUCUGUUGUCUUCACCCUCCUACAAGGCCUACGCGUUGCCGUUCAGGCCCAAACAACAAUCAUAUCCACCGGAAACCCCAUCAUCGCCGACGGAACCUACUACACAGCAGACCCAGCCCCCUUGGUCGUAAACAACACAGUCUACAUCCUCACCGGCCGAGACACCGCCCCCGCAAGCCAAAAUGCAUUCAUCAUGAACGAGUGGGAGAUGCUCAGUAGCACAAACCCGCGUCCCUCUGGAGCCCAGUGGCAGCUGCGCACCAACAUUGCUCGCCCGGAAUCGGUCUUCAAGUGGGCUGCGUCCGGGACUGCAUACGCUUCUCAAAUCGUGCAGGGCCCGGACAAGAGAUUCUACCUCUACGCUCCCGUCACCCAGGCCUCGACUUCGAAUUCCGAUCGGUUCGCUAUUGGGGUAGCCGUCUCGAGUAGCCCCUGGGGUCCUUUCGUCGACGCUCACCCUAGUGGGCCCAUUGUCUCGCAGUCUGUCCCGUCGCCGGGGAACACCAUCCAGAAUAUCGACCCGACGGUUCUCCUUGAUGAUACCGGGAGAGUCUACCUCUACUGGGGUACAUUCGGUCAGCUUCGCGGCAUCGAGCUCUCUACGGAUAUGGUCAGCACCAUCGGACAAGUCACGGCAGUCAACAGCCUAACUGGCUUCUUCGAAGCACCGUGGCUCCUCAAACGAAAGGGAACGUAUUACAUGCUCUACGCUGCGAAUAAAGCCGGAACAGAUUCACCAUGCACACCGACAUUCUACCACGCCUGCAUCGCCUACGGAACCGCCUUCUCGCCCCUGGGCCCAUGGACCUUCAGGGGUGUAAUGCUAGACAUUGUCUCCUCAACUACUUCACAUCCAGGUGCCUUUCAGUUGAACAGCCAGUGGUAUCUGGUUUACCACACCCGAUACGCCACGGGAGGAGGCCACUUCCGCCGCAGUGUAGCCCUGGACUCCAUGAUCUGGGACGAUGCCCAGUCGCCCCCGCGUAUCAACAAAGUCAUCCAAACCCGUCGCGCGCAACCCGCCGCUCCGGCAACCCGCAACAUUGCGACCAAAGCUACAGCAAGCUCAGUCAACCGUACGCCGAUACAGUACUGGAUCAAAUCCAUCAACGACGCUUGGAUCCCCGGGAACCCCCUCCCACCAGACUACUGGUGCUCCUACGACGGCGCUGCCUCGCCGCAGACGAACACGCUUGCCUUGACGUGGUCCUCGGCGGUGACGCUUAACGGAGCGAGGAUGGUGCUUUUCGCUGAUCAGCCUGCUGGGUCCAAUAUCGGGGUGCCGCCUCCUGCGAGCUGGCGGAUCGAGUAUCUGAAUGGGAGCGGUGCAUGGGUUGCGGUUACGGCGACGUCUGCGUAUCCUACUGCCGUUACGGAUAAUCCUACUAUUGUCAGCUUUAACCAGGUUUCGACGAAGAGUAUUCGUGCGGUUUUGGUGGCUUCUGGCGGGAAUGGGCAGUAUGGUGGUGUUGGUGUUAAGGAGUUUGAGGCUUUGGCUCCUUCUGCGCAGUAA